UAUCGAUAGAUAUAGAAUACUCAGCUGUUGCAAUGCACUUUUUAGGGAUGCAUUUCUAGGGGGUUUUAAACCGAAAAAGAAAAUAUAGAAUUUGAAGAAACACCUUAUCCCAAAAUUACGCCCCUGCUUGGUGAUAAGGCGCUUCUCCUACUCCGAUAUUUCUGUCACAUCCCUAGCGGCGAGGGGUCAUAAAACCCCAGCUAAUCUGGAACCAUUCCCCCAGCUACCAUCGGAGAUUAGAUUUGCCAGAGAAAUAAUGGGCAGCGCACGGAACCUUCUGUUGCUAUCCUCGUCCCGUUUGCAUGGGCAUGGAUAUUUGGAGCACGCCCGCGGACAGCUGGAGGAUCUCUUCAAGGGAGCCAGUGUCAAGACCGUGCUCUUUGUGCCCUACGCUCUGCGGGAUCACGACAAGUACACCGCCACCGUUCGCGAUGCUUUGCAGCCGUGGGGCUACACCGUGGAGGGACUCCACACGAAACCGGAUCCUGUCCAGGCCUUGAGCACAGCCCAGGCCAUCUUUGUGGGCGGUGGCAAUACCUUUGUCCUGCUGCGCACCCUCUACAAGCUGCAGCUCCUGGAACCCAUCCGUGAGCUGGUCCUGCGCCGCGGCCUACCCUAUGUGGGCAGCAGUGCCGGCACUAAUGUUGCCACACGCUCCAUACACACCACCAACGACAUGCCGGUGGCCUAUCCCCCGAGCUUUGAUGCCUUGGCCCUGGUCCCUUUCAAUAUCAAUCCGCACUAUCUGGAUCCGGAGGUGGGUAGCCAGCACAAGGGCGAGACGCGGGACGAGCGGCUGGAGGAGUUUGUGGCCUAUCACCAGCUCCCGGUGCUGGGACUACGCGAGGGCACCAGUGUGCGUGUCGAGGGGGAGAAGGCGACGCUGCUGGGGGAUCGCAAUGCCAAGCUUUUUAAGGCCGAUGGCAAUACCCAGGAACUGGCCCCCCAGGCGGAUCUCAGCUUCCUGCUGCAACAGGAGUAGAAGAAUAGCAGACACAGGCACUAAGGAUAAUAUCUACAUUUAUUGUACACAAUUUUUUGUAUUAUUUUGUAUUCUGCAAUAACAACAAUAAUAUUCCUAAA